AUGACUCUGCUUGAAGAUGCUUUUCCGAAUAUGGAUAACAGUUUUAGUGAGUCUGCUAGUCCUAGAGAGGAGGAUCAUUCGAAGCAGAAGGAGGCACUUGAUGAUUUGUUAUCAGAUUGUAAUCAAGCUCUCUAUGAAGGAUGUCAGUCUUUUAGCAAGUUGUCUUUCAUGCUUAAGUUGUAUCACAUCAAGUGCAUGUCUAGAAUCAGUGACAAAGGAAUGUCAAUGAUAAUUGAGCUCUUGAAAGAAGCAUUUGAGCACGCAAAGCUACCAGAUUCUUUCAACGAUAUGAAGAAGAUUAUUCGAAAGUUAGGAUUCACAUAUGAGACCAUUCAUGUGUGUCCUAAUGAUUGCAUGUUGUAUUGGGGAGAAGAUGCAUCUAGACACACUUGUAAAGUCUGUGAAAGUUCAAGAUGGAAGACACCUAAGCCAGUUGCUGAGAAGAAGAAGAAAAAGAAGCAAGAGGCGGCCAAAGUACUUAGAUACUUUCCACUGAAACCGCGCCUGCAACGUUUCUUUAUGUCAUCCAAAACUGCAGAGUAUAUGAGGUGGCAUGAUAGUUCUAAGAAUACAGAUGGUAGGCUUAGGCAUCCUAGAGAUGGAAUGGCUUGGAAAUCAUUUAACCAACAGUUUCCAGAGUUUGCAUCAGACCCGAGGAAUGUCAGAUUAGGAUUGGCAACUGAUGGUUUUAAUCCUUUUGGUUCUAUGAGCACAAACUAUAGUGUAUGGCCUGUGCUAUUGUUCCCUUACAACUUUCCUCCUUGGAUGUCAAUGAAACAAACCUCGAUGAUACUUUCAAUGAUAAUCCCUGGAAGGAACAUGCCGGGAAAUGAUAUUGAUGUCUAUCUUCAGCCUCUUAUCAAGGAACUAAAAGAGCUAUGGUAUGAUGGAGUUUCUACAUUCGAUGCAUCUUUGAAAGAAACAUUUUGUAUGCGUGCGGUUCUGUUAUGGACUAUAAGUGAUUUUCCAGGGCUAGGGAAUUUAUCUGGGUGGAAUGUAUACAAAGGAUUAGCAUGUCCUUCUUGUAACUACGAUGCUACAGAGCUCCGUCUACACUAUGGCAAGAAAAACUGUUUUAUGGGACAUAGGCGUUUCCUUCCUGAAGAUCAUAGUUUUAGAAAAGAUAAGCAACGCUUUGAUGGUUUUAUUGAGACAAGGGUUUCUCCUACUACACCAUCAGGAAGUGUUAUUCUCCAACAGAUUGGAAAUGUUGAUGUUACAUUGGGGAAGAGAGUAGAUGCUGUUGGUAAGAAGAGACGCCCGUUUGGAAACUGGGUGAUAGAAGAGGGCAAGAUGAUAGAAGCAGCCGGAGAGAAUCUUCAUUCAAAUAAGUCACACGUAGAAGUUGCAAGGUCUUCAAGGAAGGGAGACAAACAGUUGGAGAAACAUCCACAAGAAUGUUCCCGCCUUGAAGUUUCAGUGUCAUGA